AUGAAAAGCCAGAAAAAGCACGCAGUAAUUUGGGCUCUUAUGUUCGCGCAUUUCCUGGGGGCUCGUGCAAGCGAAAAUCCAAAGAUGCUCCCGGGAGAAGAAGCUUCUGCAAUGGAGAGUCUACACGAUGUGUGCAUUGAGGGGCUGAACCGCCUCCACAAAGUGACAGAACCCCUCCAGUCCAGAGAAGCCAUCUGUACGGCAAUUCGGGCAAUUAACAGGAUGAACCUCAGAAACACGAAGAGAAAGAGUCCCAUGUCGAACGGAAACCACCUCCUAAACCCGGACAUUAAAUCGAUGCGAAAUAACAUCAUGGAUCCAAAAACCGUUACAACAAUUAUUAUGAACAAGUUCAACGCGGGAACAGUUAUAGAAGUAGACCAUCCCAGAAAAAAGAAUGUUUCCAAAGACCCGAAGUACAUGCGUCUCUCGGGGCUCUGUCUUGCCUCUUUUCUCAUGCCCCGAAAAAACACGCAGGGCCUUCUUAUGUGCUCCUUCCUCGAAUGGCCCGUGUGGAAAGAGCAUAGCUACGCCAUAAAUACGAGUAACAUAAAAAUAACGGAAAAAACGAAAAACUUCCUGGAAAACGACUUGGGGAUUCCGGAGGAGAAUAUAUGGUCGGAUCUGUGCGUUCUAAGGAAUGACGUUUUUCGUCCGAAUGCCGUUAUUUUGGAGUAUGUGAGCAGUGAGACCCGGGAUGUCAUCUACCUGCCAAUGCACAUCAAGGACCCACUUCUCCGAGUUUUGCUGAUUUUAUUCGCUGGAAAGUGCAUUCCGGAUACGUGCCUUCUGGGAUACGACGCAACAGUAGAUAUCUACUCGAACCCCAUCGACAUUGACAGGGACGUCUCGCACCUUCUCAUCGUUAAGUGUAUGCUUGUGCUCGCGUGCUCGUAUAUAUCCCCAGAGAAGAGGAGGCAAAUCAACAAAAUGGCAGGAUUCCGGGAAAGAGACAGGAUACUGCGGGUGCAGUACUUGUACUAUAAAUCUGCGAAGUUUGACUCUGCAGAUAGUUCUGUCGAUGAGCUUAUCAAAAUAUUUUCAAACCCUGAAAAAAUAACGGUUAUUACGAUGGAUUCGUGCAUUACCCAGGCGUACAUGUUCGAAUACUCCCGAAUCGCCCCAGGAAAGUGCAAGUACGACCCAACAGAGCAUUUGAAGCCCCGAGUCAUCGAGAAGAUUCUGAAAGACAGAAAAGCCGAGGAGAAAAAGCCCCAUGUCCUGCAAGUGAAGACUCCCGCAAGCAAGGCGGAGGAAACUGUGCGAAUCGAAUGCCCCGAGGGGAGGGACUGGAGCAAUAGCCCUUCCGCGGCAGUGCUUGUCUUUAUGUGGAGUGAUCCCGAAACCCCAGGGAUUGUGUGGGUGCAGAUUUCCGGGAGUUCUCCCUCCUCAGUGAUUUUCAACGGAUACGACGUAAAUAGCCCUGAAUUCCGCCAGGUUUUAUACAGCCUUUUCUUCACGCCUGCAACGAAAAUGCCCACUCUGGAGUACAGUAGAGCCCUCUGCAUAGCCAGGAACAACAAGAGCACGCUCCACUACCUCGCCUGGAUAGACAUGGCCAUGACAGUAAAUGGGCGUGGAGCAUACAAUGACGAAAUAACCGAGAAAAUUCUGGAUAAAACAAUCGAGAUACAAACGGACAGAAGCAGCGGAAUAGACUCACUGCGGGCCCCAAUUCCAAAGGAGAAGGAUCUUCGCCCAAUAUGGGAGGAGAGUCUGUUCGCCAGCUGUGCAGCCGUUGCGAGCUACUACCUCCGAGCGAAGAUCUACAUGGAGAAGAUCUCGAACCCGCUCAAGGAGAAGUCCGGGAAGGAAGACCAGGACACGAUCAACGAGUACACAGGCCCGAUACACGCCCUCCUGGAAGGAUAUGCCGUAAAACCAUCCGAUGACUCGAGCGGAGCAGAUAAACGCACUCCAGGCAGGAACCCAUAG